AUGCCGGCUAAUAGGCAAAAAAUCCACGAAGGGAUUGUGUUAAUAACUGAUCAGGCAAACUCCAGCACAAUGCUUAUGUCAAUUGAGAACUCUAUGAUGAAAGUUCUCUCGUUCACCGUUGAUCUUUCUGGCUCAGUAAAAGUAACGAUUGAAGAAGAUCCAAACACCUUAGUCCGUAUCAGAUUUUUAAUAAAGAAAACGCUAUUUUUCUAAGCCGAAAUACCAAAAAAAAUUUUUUAUAUUUUUGCCUUAAAAAUUAGUCCGUACAGUUGAUAUUCCUCCAAAGCAAACGGUAUUGGUCGCGACCAUCAAAUUGGGCAGAGGGUGUUCUUUGUCAACCAAGUUCAAGUUUGGCCUUAAAGCACCUCCUGCAGAUAUGGCCACCUCUAUGAUCGAAAAAAGCUUGAAGAAGAUGGAAGGCAGAAUUCAGCUGGCAAGGGACAAUUAUCGGUGGGUUGACUUCAAUACUUUGCAGAGAAGCCAAGUCCCAGCAGAAUUAGGAAUUUUCAUUGAUCCUUAUUUUUCACCUUGUGACAGGUCGAUUUUCUUAGGGAGCGACAAAAAACUGUCAACCGCUGUACAAUGGAGAAGACCAAAAUCUUUCUUUAAAGGAAACUACUCAGUUUUCUUAGACGAUAUUGAGCCAAACGACAUAAAACAAGGCCAACUUGGUGACUGUUGGUUUAUGUGUGCCUUAGCAAGUUUAGCUGAAAGACCAGCCCUCGUUGAAAGAUUAUUUGAGUCAAGAGAAUCAAGUGACAUUGGCUUCUACCAAGUCUGGUUCUGUAAAAGUGGUGAGUGGGUCAGGGUGACCGUAGAUGACUAUUUCCCUUGUUUUCCAAAAGACACUCCAAUUUUUUCAAGAUCCCAUGGCAAUGAAUUAUGGGUUUUACUAUUAGAAAAAGCUUAUGCCAAGCUUCAUGGCAGCUAUUCCUUAUUAAAAGGUGGCUGGGCUGCUGAAGGAAUGAUGGACCUUACAGGCUGCCCGACAUUGAAUUUAGACUUUAAUAAUGAAGAAUCAAAACAGCUUAUACAAAACGAUAGACUGUGGGACAUGCUUAAAAGAUAUGAUAAUGAAGGGUCAUUGAUUUCGGCUAGCACUGCAGGAGAAGAUAGGUGGACUGAAACAGGAGGUCCUAAUAAAAAAGGUGGACUGGUACCGGGACAUGCUUAUACAGUUAUUCAGUGUAAAGAAGCAUAUGGGAAUAGGCUGCUUAAUAUUAGAAACCCGUGGGGGAAUUUUGAAUGGGAUGGAGAUUGGUCUGAUAGAUCAACACUUUGGACUGAUGAAAUGAAAGAAGCAAUUAGACCUUAGUUUAACUUGCUAGUACUUAUAGAGAAGCUCGCUGUAUUCUGCAGGGACUAUAUCUACCUGCAACGCUAUCUUCGCCUUCUCGCCUGUUCGUACACAACCUCACAAAGGUUGCUUCUGCAGGACGAGGGUCUGCAAUCACAACCAGUAAUUGGAUGAGUCGCCGUGCCAUAAUUUUACAGGGCUGCUCGCAUUUAAAAUUCAAAAAGGUUGAAUUAUCUUGUCGAUCUCUGCCAAAAUGGAAAUCUGAAGCCCAGGACCUAACUCCGGUUUAACGCUGGGGAUACUCAUGAUUUGUCAGGAAAUAAACCACUGGCUAUGCUAGGAGACUCAUUUCCAUCUAAAAGUUUGCGGUCGGCAACCUGACGUUGCACUUCUUCAAGCCAAGAAAGACCCGUCGGAUACAAAUUCUCAAACGCCAUCCUCCCUUCCUCAAGGUCUCUGCACACCUACUGGUCUCAGCUAAAGUAUUUAAAGGCUAUUUGGUUUGUCACGCCAUUUUAAUAUAUAUAGAAUCAAUUAGACCAAUUUUAGAUGACAAUGAUGGGACUUUUUAGAUGGUUUAGGCUUUUUUUAAGGAAAUAUUUUUUAAAUAUAUCUAUUCGUCUAUAAAUAAUUUAAACAAAUAAUUUUUUAUUAUAAUAAAAUUCUUUUUGGAUGAGCUAUAACGAUUUCAUUGUCCAUUUCACUGGUGUCAAUAUUUGCAGGGUCGACAAUUACCAUGAAUGCAGAAUUAAAGGAUUUUUCGAAAGGAAAGAAGUAGAUGGGAAUGAAAUUGUAGCCAGCAAGUGGUACUAUUGUGUGCAAGCAAGAGAAGAUACUCAUGUCAUCGUCGGUGUACAUCAAGAAGACGAAAGAAUGUAUGGCGUCGUCGACAAAAGAGCAAAUAUCGAUCUAUUCCUAUAAAAAUGUUUAAAUCUUACUAAAAUAUAAAUACUUUUUCUAUUUAUCUCCACAAAUUACUAUUAUCCUCUAACAGUAAAUAAUUUAUUUUCUAUUAAAAUGCAUAUCUAUUGUCGUCCUCGAUGUAACUGACGGCGGCUGUAAGCUUUUCCAAGCCAAAGAAAGUGUCGUCGAGCGUCAGGUCGAAAUUGAUCUUGAUUUACAAGGCGGCAAAACUUACAUUAUUUACCCUCGCACCACCGGCUGUGCCUUAUCCCGUCCUCAAGGUGUUAACCCUGAAAAAAUUGUCUGGCACGACAACGGCGAGCUCCACCCUCUCUUUGAAUCUACCAUAAAAGACGUCUUCCGCAAGGCUAACAGGAUGAUUGGCGAAGAUUUGUCCUAUACCGAAUUUAAUGAACUUAUGAAAAAAGCCAAAGUCAAAAUCCCUGAAGAACAGUUCAGAGAGCUCAUAAAUUCUUUACCAAGCCAUGAAGACGGCCUUACCCAAGAAGGGCUAAUUGAAUUUAUGAGAGAAAUGUUUAAACGAUAUGGAGAAGAAACCAUAAGAAAAUGGCUGGUAGCCUGGGGAUAUGACGAUGACUUAUUUUCUGUACAGUCAAGAGCGUUCUGUGUGACGUUCCACAGCCCGAAAAGACUGAAAAUCCAGAUGAGGAAUGCAGAAAGAAGCGGGCUGCAUGAAAAAGUGAACCAGAUGUUGAUACAGAGGUCUGGGGAAAAGAAAGGGAUAACUGAUGGGGUGCAGCUGUAUUGCUUGAUGGAGAAGUCUGCGAAUGCGUUUACUUAUGGGGCUUAUAAUGAUAAUAGAUAUCAAGUCAAAGCAACUUUGGACUGCACAAAUAGUGAAGGAUUAUCAUUUAGUGGGAGAACUAAUAUUAUACAAGUCACAAUACCACCAAAAGAAUGGAGAAUUCUAGCACACUGCCAAAUUGCGAAAAACUCAACAGCGUGCAGACUUCGCCCAGUCCUGAAAGUCAAGAGAGGAUAA